CCACUUAAAGCGCCGAAACAGCAGUUCGAACGAAUGGCGAGGAUGGCUAAAAAUGACCUUCUCGAUGCAUGGAGUGAAAUCACCGAACCAAAUGUGAAAUUGGGCAAAAUUCGUGUCUACACUCUACCAGACGGAGGACAAGUGGUUCGCCUUUUUUGGCAACCGUCACCAGAUGCUCCAAUGAUCGAAUAUGACUUGGAGAUGCAAGAGAAGACACUCACAAAUUACAUUGUCGUAACGGAUAGACCAAAAACCUCGAAGCCGGAUGAGCGGGCUCGCACAACGGAGAUGAAAGGAGCUAUAGAGCACUUACUAGAAUGUCAACCACGAUUCGAUGUAGACUACCAAGCUCAUCUGAAGCGAAGACACGAUGCUGCUCAACCGCAAGGCGGGAUCAAAUUCAUGGAAGACAUGGGAGCGACUACAUCAGAGAUUCGUCGCCUCAAUGCCGGUCGUGGCACAAAAGCAGCUCCCGGAACUGGUAUUGGCAAGCCACUUAAAGCGCCGAAACAGCAGUUCGAACGAAUGGCGAGGAUGGCUAAAAAUGACCUUCUCGAUGCCCUCUUCCAUCACUUUAGGCAGAAAACUCAUUGGUCUAUCAAAGAGCUUCGACAAAAAGUCCAACAACCCGAAGUGUAUCUACGUGAAGUUUUGAACGAAAUCGCAGUUCUGGAAAGGAGCGGCCCGAAUAAUGGCAUGUAUCGACUCACAGAGAACUAUAGCGCGGUAAAUGUAGACAACGAUGACGAAGAGGACGAAGAGAUACAAAUGAAGGUCGACCCUCAACAAUACUCACAGCUCUACAAAAUGGAGCCGGCACUAGAUCCUGAUUUAUUAUCCUCUUAA